CAAACCAAAGGCGUCAAACUGACAUCCAAAGCAACUCUUUUUUCUUGGAAAUAAAGAACUAUCCAGACAUCCAGUACUACGAUGGCAACCGCGCGAGCUCUCCGGCUAGUGGCCUCGACGCCGUCCGCCACCCACCGGCACCGCAGCCUCCUGGCCGUGCAACGCCGUCUCCUGUCCGCCUCCACGGAAGCCGCUGGUGCGGGUGACCCCGCCGUGCAUUCCGGAGACGCGCCGAGCGAUGACUACCCCGAACGCGCCCCGAGGUUCUCCGGCGCUGAGGAGGCCACCAGAGGAGGCCACGGCAAGCACGCACCGACGCCGCCGGCUCCCGGCUCCAAGGAGCGCGUCCCGCCGUUCGCGCCGUCCGGAGGUAAGCUGGGGGGAACACAGGAGUUCGCCGAUCCGACGGCAGCCUCUUCGUUCACGCAGAAGCGGCGGCUGUCCGCCGGCGCGGGGCUGGCGCGCGACUCGCGGGAGGAGGUAACGCCCGGCGGCGAGGAGUCCGCGGCGCGGAAGGUGAGGGAGGAGGACCGGGAGUACUACCGGACGCACAAGCCGUCGCCGCUGGCGGAGGUGGAGUUCGCCGACACGAGGAAGCCCAUCACGCGCGCCACGGACGGCAGCGCCACGGACCGGUACGCGGACGUGCCGCCCCGGCUGGUGGAGGACACGGUGGACGACUCGCUGGCGCGCGCCGAGGCCAUGUUCCGGGAGGCCGCGUCGCGCGGGAACCCCGAGUGGCCGCACUCCCGCGCGCUCGCCGAGAUGCUGGCGCGGCGCGAACAAGCAGGGGACGGCGCUGGGACCAGGGCGGCCUGGGGAAGCUGAAGGACACUUGUAGCGUGCUCGUUCUACGUACGUUACUCCAAUCCUCCUGUACUGUCUGAGCCACGGCCUUGGUUUUGUAGGGUUAGAUGGUAAGCGUAUAAAAACUGGUACUGUUGUUACAUACGUGUUCUGGACUCUGUAAAUUGAACAGUAAACACCGUGUUUUGUAAAAAUUUACACAAAAAGAUGAAUGCAUGCAUGGAGUGCUG